UCCUAUGGACGGAGAAAGCUUGAUGGAAGUCCUCGAUUACAAGGACUCAUUCCACGCUUGCCAUGUUCUGGAGAUGCUAAAGAAACUGUAUAUAAAAAGGGAACUCUGUGACGUGGUUUUGAUCGUCGACGAGCGAGAAAUUAGAGCUCAUCGCGUGAUUUUAGCCGCGAAUAGUGCUUACUUUUAUUCAAUGUUCACUACAGACAUGUGUGAGAGCGUUCAAGAGAGGAUUUCCCUGAAAGGAAUAGACCACGAAGCACUGGAUCUUAUUGUCAACUUUUGCUACACAUCGACCAUAACAAUCACGGAGAAAAACGUGCAAAAUCUUUUAUCAGUGUCGAACUUACUACAGUUCAAUACAAUCAUCGAAUCGUGUUGUGGAUUUUUGAAGAAUCAAUUACACCCCACUAAUUGUCUUGGGAUUGGAGAUUUUGCGGACCAUCACGGCUUUUUUAAACUAAAAAAUGCUGCACAAUCCUACGCAGAAAGACAUUUCCUCGAAGUAAUCAAGUCUGAGGAAUUUCUCAAUGCAACCAGCGAGCAGGUAUCAACCAUGACUAAGAGUGAUUUCCUUGAUGUGGUCAGUGAGAAAGAAGUAUUCGAUGCCGUUAUUCAAUGGAUCCGUUACGAUGAACCCAGACGGAAGCAACAUCUACCACAAUUCCUUAAAGACAUUAGACUCCCGUUAUUACCACCAAAAAUACUAGUUGACUGUAUUGAAAGUGAGAAACUGGUGGAAAGCAAUGACUCAUGUAUGAGAUUAAUCAGUCAGGCAAAAAACUUUCACUUGCUUCCUGAAAGGCGUGACCAGAUUUCAUUUGUGACAGAGGCGAGGCACAAGGCUGGGAGUACAAUGAUAUACAUUGUUGGGGGAGAAAUACACAACAGAGUAUUCAACAGCGUAAGACGGUUUAACCUUGAGACAAAUACAUGGGACGAGGUUGCACCCAUGAACAAGCAUAGGGAUGGAGUAGGUGUCACAGUGUACAGUGGACUAAUUUAUGCUGCUGGAGGAUGUGAUGGUGACGUAGCUCUCAGCUCUGUAGAGUGUUACCAUCCUGCAACAGACAAAUGGACAUAUGUCCAGCCUAUGGCAUGUGGAAGACACGCCUUUGGUUUGGUAGAGUUAGAUGGUUGGUUGUAUGCAUCUGGAGGGAGUGACUUUUCUCGUUCUGAAUACAACAGUUUGGAACGUUAUGACCCAGUCAGAGAUGUUUGGACUCACAUGAGGCCCAUGAGCACAAUGCGAGAGGGUGUCGCCAUGGUAACUCUGGAUGGCGCUAUUUAUGCAAUUGGAGGUGAUAAUGGUGUGUCUAUCUUAAACACAGUUGAGAGGUAUGAUCCUCGCCUGGAUCGCUGGAGUGCUUGCGUUGCUAUGAGCUAUAGACGGAGGUAUUUCGGUGCUGCAGUGUUAAAGGACAAAAUAUUUGUGGUUGGAGGUAGUGAUUAUGAUGAGGAUCACAAUUCUGUGGAAUGUUUUGAUCCACGCAUGAACAGAUGGUUAUCUUUGCCCCCCAUGCUGACGCGACGGGAGAGUCCAGGAGUGGCGGCAGUUGAUGACAAACUAUUAGCUAUAGGUGGUGCUUGCCUGAAUGUUGAAACAGAAAAGAUUGAUUGUUAUGAUCCCUUAAGUAACAAGUGGGAGGAAUUUUCCUCAUUACCUCUUGCCAUUGAAGGGAUGGGAGUGGCUGUUAUAUAAAACAAUGAAAUGCAUUUAAUAAUUUUGCAAUUUAAUUAACUGCAAGUAGUUUUGUAACCUUUUAACACUCAUGAGCUGGCUGAAGUAAUUCUCUUUAGCUGCAAUCAAUGAAAAUCUAAGAUCAUGAAGCUUGUGGGACAGACCUUUGGACAUUUUAAUUUCAUUUUUUUCACGACCCUAAAAGUUAAUAAAGGACAUACUCGUAUGAAAGUCUGUAUUCUGGAAAAUUUCCAUGAAGGCUAACCUUGUUCUUAUUCUCAGGUGUAUCUGCCUAAGUUCAAACUUGUUUUGGUGAAUUUAAGUUGUAGAAGACAGUUACAUGCUUAUCACUUCUGAGAGUUCAAGAGUUAAUAAAAAAAAAGUUCUCACAGCAUAAAUAUGACAAAAUUUAUUUCACCCAGGAUAUGGGUUUCUGUUUUACUUAGACUGCAUGGAGUAAUCUUAAGUAGCACUUUAAUAGAAAUAUGGAACAGCUCUGCCGAUAAUUACUUUGGAGAGGCACCUGUCAGCAUGUAAAGCGAAGAAACCUUGCAACAUCUUGAUAACCUCGUUACAUGGAUUUGGUCCAGCAACCUGGUUUUCAUGGCCUUACUAACAGUGACAUAUUCACUGUAUAAAUGCUGUUACACGACAAAUUCAAUUUUGAAACUGGCAUUAACCCAAAAACAUUUACUAUGUGUGAGUUUAAUGUUUCAUUUGUUAUUUACAUAACAUUAUGCCAGUUAAAGUAGUUAUAAUAAGUAUAAAAAAAAAUUAAGAAGAUUAUAAUUAUACAUAUCAAUUCAACUUGAGUUAUCUGGAAAAGAGGAUGAACAUUAUUAAACUGUAAAGAAACAGGGUAGAAAAGUACUUCACAUCUCAAUAAAAUUUUAAUAUCAGAGUUAGAGAAAAAAUAUAAAUGUUUCAGAUGCAAAUAAUUUAUAGGCUAUUUAUUUAUUUUGACUAGUAUAGAACUUCAUUUUAAUGUGUAUGUCCUAAAAAAAUGUUUAAUUCAUUUGUUAUGGUGGUGAAGGUCUGUAAUAAACUGUUGUGUUUUGUCUCAGAAAAAGUUCCUUGAAAUGUGUUCCAUGAUAUGUAGAUUACAAUGUGUUGACCACUUACUCUGAGUCUUCAUCUAAAAGUACAGUUUACUAAUUA